UGGCGGCCGCGCUGACGUUCGGCGGCGGCUGCGGAGCGAUGGCGGCGCCGCUGGCGGCUCCGGGCGGUGCCGGUGCCGGGCCCGGGGCCGGGGCCGGGGCGGCGCGGGGCGGGCGCGGGCCGGCGCUGCGGGAGGGGGCGCGGGUGUCGGCGCUGUGCCUGGCCUGGUACGGGCUGAGCGCCGGCGGGAACGUGGUGAACAAGCUGCUGCUCGGCGGCUUCCCGAGGCCCGUCACCGUCUCGCUGUUCCACAUCCUGGGGCUGUGCGGGCUCCUGCCGCCGCUGCUCCGCGCCUGGCGCGUCCCGCCCGCCGGCCCCGCGCAGCUGCCGCCCCGCGCCUACCCGCGCUACAUCCUCCCGCUCGCCUUCGGAAAGUACUUCGCCUCCGUGUCCGCGCACGUCUCGCUCUGGAGGGUCCCCGUGUCCUACGCGCACACAGUGAAAGCCACGAUGCCGAUCUGGGUGGUUCUGCUGUCUCGGAUCAUCAUGAAGGAAAAGCAGACGACGAAGGUGUACCUGUCUCUGAUCCCCAUCAUCACUGGUGUCCUGCUGGCCACGGUCACAGAGCUGUCCUUCGACAUGUGGGGACUCAUCAGUGCACUUGCUGCUACUCUGUGCUUUUCACUUCAGAACAUCUUCUCGAAGAAGGUGUUGAGAGAUUCCCGAAUUCAUCACCUCCGGUUGCUGAACAUCCUCGGGUGCCACGCUGUGUUCUUCAUGAUCCCAACGUGGGUUCUGGUGGAUCUUUCUUCCUUCUUGGUAGAGAAUGACUUGAGCACCAUGUCUCAUUGGUCCUGGACCUUGAUGCUGCUUAUAAUCAGUGGAUUCUGUAAUUUUGCCCAGAAUGUCAUUGCCUUCAGCAUCCUUAACCUGAUCAGCCCCCUCAGCUACUCUGUGGCUAAUGCCACCAAGAGGAUCAUGGUGAUCACCGUGUCCCUGAUCAUGCUGCGCAACCCCGUCACCAGCACCAACGUCCUGGGCAUGAUGACAGCCAUCCUGGGGGUCUUCUUGUACAACAAGACAAAAUACGAUGCAAACCAAGAGGCAAAGAAGCAGCAGCUGCUGCCAGUCACCACGGGGGACCUGGUGAACUUGGAGCGGCACCGGAGCGCUCCCGACAAGGCCCCGAAUGGACUGGCGGCCUUUGGGCAGCACGGGGACUUUCAGUACAGCCACGUCCUCACAGACCACUUCCAGUACAGCAGGCAGAACUAUCCCACAGCCUACACCCUGAAUCGUUUUGAUAUUUAGGAUCCUGGCAGACAGGUACAGACUGUGAUAUCAGUGUCCCCUGCAUUAUCAGAGAACUGUUAGCACAUCCAUGAAUGUCACGGAGCCAUUGAGCUGUGCAGGUUUGGCAGCAGGGCAGGUGCUUGUGGAGGGGAGUGGUGCAGGACCUGCAGCUGCUGCUGGGCAGAGCUUUAAACCUGGAACAGCCACAGCUGACACUGGAACCAAACCCACAGAGCAGAUUCUGGUGAGGUGCACGUGUCACUGCCCAGUGGAACAUCUGUCACUGCUCCUUUCAGAGUCUGCCAGUUCCUUGUUCUCUUGGCAGCUGAAAUCUGGCCAGUAUCUUGUUUCCAUGCUGGUAAUGUCACCUUUCACUUGUUCUCUAAUAACGGUUCAAUGAUACUUUUAAUGAAGCUUUCAGAAAGAAGUGAAAGCAAGGGGUACUUGUGCUUAUCAGGAUUGGCUGCAGGCAGGUAAACUCGAGUUCAUCUCCAGCAUCUGUGGAACUUUUGUGGAUAUUCACAACUUUGUGCCUCUGCCUUCAGUCCUGGAUGAAAACCAGAAGUGUUUCUGGAGGAGCAGGCAGUGGAAGGAUUGAUCUGUCCCUGCUUCAGGCACAGGAAAACACGGUUCUUCAAUCACUGGUCAAGGCAGAGAACAGCCAAGUUCAUUAAAAUCAUCAUUGUUUUCUGAAUCAUGUAGUCCUGUAACUCCAGACAUUGCUAUCCCUUGGCCAUGCAGGAAAUCCUUCACAAAUAAAAGUGUUUGGAAUAAUA